GAUGGGUAAUUCUUUCCCUAAGAAUAAAGAGAAGAAUCUCUCUUCGAAGGAAUCAGAAGAAAUUCGGAAACAAAUUCGAAAUUUUUUACUUAAGAAUGCUAUUAAGCAAGACGAUGUUCUUCAGCUUAGGCAAUUAUUGAGAUAUUUUAAUCCGAAUUUAGUUCUACCUAAUGGAAGAACACCUUUAACGUUGGCUAUUGAUGAACAAAAGCAUCACUCGGUAAGUACCCUACUAGUUGCCGGAGCUGAUAGCGAAUUACAAGACGGAAAUGGGCGACACCCAGUCAUUGAAGCUGUACGAAGUAGGAACGAGGCUGUUUUAAACAUUGUAUUGUCUCUGGUACCUCAGGUAAACGUUUACGAAUCGAGCGGAACCUCUCCUAUUCACGCCGCUGCUGAGAUUGGUAACCUGGCCGCUCUUAAGCGUUUGAUAAAUUUCGGAGCAGACGUGAAUACGACAACGAAAAAUGAAUCCAAAACUACUCCACUAAUUAUAGCUGCUACGUUCGGUCACGACAGAAUAGUAGAAGAGCUUAUACAUAGGGGGGCCGACGUAAAUCAUAAAGAUUUAUGGGGUUACUCACCAAUAAUUAAAGCUGCUUCAAACGGUCACAUCAGUACCGUAAAACUUCUUUUAAGAAACAAUGCCAACGUUAACGACUGUAAUCGAUCAGGGGCUUCAGCUCUACAGUAUUCAUUAAUGCAUGAUAGAUGCCAAACUGCUCAAUAUUUAAUUGAGCAAAAUAGCAAGUUAGAGAUUUUCAAUCGUCAAUGUCCACUACUGUUGGCGGCAACUUUGAAUGGAUGUAUAGAAUGUUUAAAGCUUCUUUUGAACAAAUCAUUAACAUUUCAUCAAACUGAUCAGUAUAAUAGACCAAUGUUAUAUUACGCCUUAACUGAUUUUCCAAAUAUUAGUCAUUAUUAUAAAAGUUUCUCUCUGUGUAAGUGUAAAGGACGGUUAAAGAUUGCUGAAUUUCUCCUAAACGAAGGAGCCGAUAUUCGUCAAGUUUUCAAAUUGAAAUUUUGGAAUACAAGAUAUAAGAGUUCAGAACAAUUUGCUCUUUAUAGAUUAGCUUUAAGGGCUUUAAAUGGUCCUGUCAACUUUGAUCUCUCUCAAAUGUUUCUCAAAUUUUACAAUAUUGGUUGUCUAGAUAGUCUUUUACUACUGGUUAGUAUUGGCUAUACUCCAGACUUUUGCCUAAUUUUAUCACCCACCUCGAAAGAUAAAAACUUGAAACACUUGGAAAUGGAAAGAAAUUCUCAACCAAAUAAUAUGACUUUUAAUGAAUUUAGAGGCAUAAUUGGAAAGCGUCUAUCUCAUCCUCUCAAACUGAAAUAUUUAUGCAGAAAUCACGUAAGAGGAUUAUUAAGUUAUAACGUAAUUUUCGCAGUAUCUCAAUUAAAUAUUUCAUCAAAUUUAAAGAACUCGUUAUUAUUAAAUUCAUCGGAAUUUUACGAUAAUUAA